AUGUCAGCGCCCACUUCCCAACAUGACAUGCGACCUGGCAUACUGGGCGCAUAUUACCCCUUGACAGCACUCGCAUUGAUGAUGAUUAUAACACGGUCAUGGAUCCGAACAACAAUCACAAAGUACUGGGGUUGGGACGACCAUUUCAUUAUCAUUGCCUGGGCUUUCUCAUUUGCAGGUCUGAUUUUGAUUCAGCUUGGAGCCAAUCUUGGCUCGAGUCCGAUAUCUACUACCCAUCCUGGAGACACGGACCUGAAGAAGUUGCGUUUCAAUACGUUCUUUGAGAUGUCCAAUGUUUGCUGUACCCUGACCACCAAGUACUCCAUCUGUUUGUACAUUCUUCGCAUCCGAAAUAGUUCUCGUCUUCGCUGGAUUCUGGGAAUACUGAUGACCCCCAUGACUCUGAUUACUGUUGCAGUGGUCAUAGUCUUGUCAGCGUCCUGUACACCGCUCUGGAGCAACGAGAUCCCCUCAAAAUGCGUGUCAGUCAAGGGCAUGUAUAAUGUCGCCUACGUUCAAUCCUCCCUGACGAUAGUCACCGACAUUUGCUUGACAUCAGCACCAGUGAUUAUCCUGAGGAAUGUGCGAAUCAAGCGCGGCAAAAAAGUAUUUAUUUGUAGCCUCAUGAGCUUGGGUCUCCUCGCCACGAUUUCGAACGUACUCCGCACAUAUUUCCAGGUCUAUCAAACCUCAAGAUCUAUUUCAUUCAACAUGACGUGGCUCACAGUUGUUUGCAUUAUGGAGCAGUCUUCAGGCAUCAUCGCUGCUUGUAUCCCUGCCUGUGUGCCCAUUUUCAGGAAAAAGACGCAUGCCAAAAAGUUGCAACCUGCCAACACACAGUACUAUGAACUCUCAAAUAGCUACAGUAGCGAUGGCAAAAAACCAGGUGACAUGCAUUCUGGGGUUUCUAGCGACACGCCCGACACAACAUAG